UUUGCUUUUUUAUCCUUCUAUUUAAUAUUUAUAAUAUUUUCACACUUCAAUUGCGCGCUAGUACUGAAAGAACCCCUCCCCCCAUCAUGCUGUUCAAUAUGCCACAGACAAUCUUUGCACUCCUGGCUCUAGCCAUUAUUACAGCGCCAGUGGCUCUCGUUAGUGCCCAGCUCACUAUCACCACGACUCUCCCCUCAGCCCUUGUGCCUAUAAUAACGCCCAUCAAGUUCAGCCCGGUUAUUGCUACGCCCACCCCGACAACCCAGACUACGACUGAAACCCUGGAGAACACUGUCAUGAAGACGACCACGAGCCACAACACGCUGACGUCGCUGCCCAACACGAGCUCGAGCACUAAGACAAAGUCCAAUGAUCAUAAUACUUUGACGUCACUCACCAGCACUAGCUCCUCGGCUACUGGUCCCGCAAUUAAAUUGCAGUAUGUGGCUAUUCUCGUCGCUCUUGUGAGCUGCGCUUCUGCGGUGGCUAUUUUUUAGGAAGAAGAUUUGAGCAGAGCAUCUGCGCAGAAAAAAACUGCACUUUUUAAUUCAAUUUUAUUUUACUUUAA